AUGGCCCCCGUCUUCUUCAUCACCGGUGCAUCCAGCGGCCUUGGCUUGGUCCUCACUCUCCGCGCCCUCAGCGCCGGGAACCGAGUCAUCGCGGCCAUGCGCAAUCCCACUCGCGCCGCCGAGGCCAAGAGCAAGAUCGAGGCGGCCGGCGGACAAGUCUUCGCCCUCGAUGUGACCGACUCCCAGGACAUCAUCACCCAGAAAUUCAAGGCCGCCGAGGCCAUCUACGGCCAGAUCGACGUGCUCAUCAACUGCGCCGGCUACGGCAUCCUGGGCCCCGUAGAGCGCUUCACAGAGAACGAGGUGCAGCAGCUGUUCCGCACCAACGUCUACGGCCCCCUCUACCUCAUCCAGGCUGCCCUGCCGUCCAUGCGCACCCGACGAGCCGGCACAAUCAUCAACAUCAGCAGCAUGGGCGGUGCCGACGGCAGCCCCGCCAACGGCCUCUACGCGUCGACCAAGUUCGCCCUCGAGGGUCUCUCCGAGUCGCUCUCCAAGGAGGUGGCCGAGUUUGGCAUCUCAGUCCUCAUCGUAGAGCCUGGGGCCUUCCGCACGGGUUUCCUCUCAGCGCUGGUGGAGAACGAGACGGGCUUCGGCGACGAGUACGCCAACAACGUGUCGGCAAAGGUGCUGAACAUGAUGAAGGGCCUGAACGGCAAGCAGCCGGGCGACCCAGAGAAGGCGGCGGACCGGAUGAUUGAGUAUGCGACGGGCGCGGGAAAGGGAGGCGAGCUGAGGGGCAAGGUGUUGCGGAUGGUGCUUGGCGGCGACGCCUUUCCCAGGAUCCAGGCCAAGAUCGAGAAGCAGCAGCAGGAUAUGGAGCUCGGCAAGGAGGUGGCAUACAGCACAAACUUGUGA